AUGUCGCAACUCACAGCAGCCAUCCUGAUCGUCUCCGAGACAGCCGCAAAAGACGCGUCGAGCGACAAAUGCGGCGACGUGCUCAAAGACGUGUUCCACAAGGACGCGGCCAGCCAAUGGCAUGUACAGGCUUUCGAAAUCGUGCCAGACAGCGUCCUCGACGUCCAGCGAUUUAUCCAGCGCUGGGCAGAUUCCGAAGAUGGCGUGAAUCUGAUAGUCACGAGCGGUGGCACAGGCUUCACUACCAAGGACACCACGCCAGAGGCUGUGAGCCCGUUACUCCAUAAACACGCACCUGGCAUUGUGCAUGGUAUGCUGGCUGCAUCCCUCCAGGUGACGCCUUUUGCUAUGAUGGCACGCCCCGUGGCCGGCGUGAGGAACAAGACUCUGAUAAUCACGCUGCCCGGCUCACCCAAGGGAGCAAGGGAGAACCUGGAAGCCGUAAUUAAGCUCCUUCCCCACGCCUGCAUCCAAGCUGCAGGCGCCGAUUCCCGAACCCUCCACGCUGGGGGUGUGAAGAAGUUGGAGAAAGAGGCAGGAUUGCACUCCAACACCAAACCCGCAGGUGGUGUUUCUGCCACAACAAGAAUUCAGCCUGUUAACUGCUCGCUAGGAGAUAAAGCUGGCCAUCACCACCAUCAUCACCAUCAUGGACACGGUCAUGGCCACGGACACGGAGGCCAUGCAGCGCCCAGGGCGCACACAAAUCCAGAUGAGCACCCCCAGUCUAACGAUCCCAGCCUUGGUCCCACGAGACGUUACCGCCACUCGCCAUAUGAGAUGCUGUCGGUGGACCAGGCUCUAGAGCAGAUUGCGCAGCACACGCCCAAACCAACCGUCGUAACGAUACCGCUCGGUGAGAAAGCUAUCGGUCAUGUACUUGCCGAAGACAUCAAAGCUCCCGAGUCAGUGCCCGCAUUCCGAGCCAGCAUCGUGGAUGGCUACGCCGUGAGGAUUCCCGAGUCCGGGUCCUUCAAGGAGGGCGUAUACCCGGUUGCCCUCAUCUCGCAUGCUCAGGCUGGCGAGAUAGCGCCGCUUGAGGAAGGUAAGAUUGCGCGAAUCACCACCGGCGCGCCUCUUCCCCCGCACGCCUCCGCCGUGGUCAUGGUCGAAGACACGGUUCUCGAGAGCAUGACGGACGGCGACAAGGAAGAGAAGGAAAUCAAAAUCUUGACCUCGGCCAUCAAGCCUGGCGAAAACGUGCGCGAGGUCGGCAGCGAUGUGCGAGCGGGCGACGUGAUCAUGAAGGCGGGCGAGGGCAUCACGGCAGUCGGCGGCGAACUCGGGCUGCUGGCCUCGGUCGGCGUCCGUGAGGUCAAGGUGUACAAGAAACCCGUCGUCGGUGUGCUCAGCACAGGCGACGAGAUCGUGGAGUUUGACCGCCCCGGCGAGCUCAGGUUGGGCGAGGUUCGGGACACGAACAGACCGACGCUCCUGAACGCGGUGCGUUCCACUGGCUUCGAGGCCGUAGACCUCAAGAUCGCGUCGGAUCAGCCCGGCAGCCUCGAAGAGACGCUCCGCCUCGCCCUGCGCCGCGUCGACGUCAUCAUCACCUCGGGCGGCGUGUCCAUGGGCGAGCUCGACCUGCUCAAGCCCACCAUCGAGCGCCAGCUCGGCGGCACCAUCCACUUCGGCCGGGUGAGCAUGAAGCCGGGCAAGCCGACCACCUUCGCGACCGUCCCGUUCAAGUCCGCCGCGGGCGGCGACCACAACGGCACGGUCCGCGCCGUCUUCUCGCUGCCCGGCAACCCGGCCUCGGCGGUGACGACGUUCCAGCUGUUCGUGCUGCCGUCGCUGCACCGCGCGAGCGGCAUCAGCCCCGCCGGCCUGCCCCGGGUGCGCGUCACGGCCGAUGGCGACCUGCGAUGCGAUGGGAAGCGGGCCGAGUACCACCGCGCGCUGGUCGUGGUGAAGGCGGACGGCGGGCUGCACGCGAGCAGCACCGGCGGCCAGCGCAGCUCCCGCAUCGGCAGCUUCAAGGGAGCGAACGCACUGCUGUGUCUGCCGGUGAAGGAUGGGUUCGUGAAGAAGGGCGAGAUGGUAGACGCGUUGAUGAUGGGCCCGGUGAUGAGCGAGCUGUGA